UCUACGUCGCACGGUCGAAAACGCGGGGUGCAAUGUGCAACAUCGUAUUUCAUCCUCGUGGAAUUCUCCUUCUCCAGUGGAGAAUGACAGAAGAUGAAAAAGAGAAGCGCGAGAUAUUGAGCGUGUGUGACCGAUACAUAUACAUACAUACGUCGUAUUGAGUCAUCUUCGUCGUCGUCGAGUCUCUUGGUGCUAAUACUGCAGCAGUCAACCUCGAUACGUCUUCGUCAAUGAUAAGAUAAAGACCUCUUUUCCGCCAGUCAUGCCUGUGCAUAAGUACAUGGAAGAAAGCACGGAAAGCGAAGGCUACAACAAAGAGCCGUCUGAGCGAAUGUAAAGGACGAAGAGAGACAGAGGAUGGUCGGCGUACAUCAUUUGGGCGCCGAGAAGUCUGGCGCGACCAAGCCAGGCCAGAGGCGCGUCUCUGGUUACGCGACUAUUUGGGGCGCCAAGCUGGUGGCUACGGCGGUGCGGCGGGUGAACGGGGAUCAUGGAAGGACGGCGGGGCAAGGAGAGGGCGUAGGUAGGCGUCCGAGCAAUGUCCACUGCGUUCGAAGAGAGGUUCGCAGGGUCGGAGAUUGAAGAGAAAAGAGGGAGAUCGCCGAAGGGAGCUCCGCAGGCCACAUUCCAGAAGAACGCGAGUUUUCAAACAUGCCUGGCCUGCGUGAAUAUAGGUCCAUGACCGAUCCUGUAAUACACACACAACGAUCUCUAAGCGAGUUGUGAGCUGUGAAACUGCGUUCGUCCCUCAUCUCGUCUCUCCUAUGUCCAUCGCUCGAACGAUUCCCCCUGUGGUGCGUCCCUUCCCCCCUAGUGUUGCUCUGUCGCACACAGACGUGUACACAUAUAUAUCAACCUUCCCUUCCCUCUUCUCCGUCAUAUACUCUCCCUUUCCUCGUCCCUCGUGCUAACCCGGACGACCAGGCCGACCGAGCUGGCGACACCCUGUCUGGCAAGACCGGCCGGCGGACAAAAGAGGGGGCGCCCAAGCGCUGCGUUGCCAUUUACUCGGUCUUCGUGCUGCGCCUACCUUCGGCCCCAAGGACAAAUCCGACGAGCCGUGCCAGCCGUCGUGCCGCACUAGGCGACUGCCGGUCUGCUGCUGCCUCGAUGUUUUCCUUACGAUGCUCGCUGCCGAUAUUAUUUUCAGCGAAUACUUUCGUAAACUUGCGAAACAGAAUGCACGAGAUGGAAGAUGAAGAAUAGAUAGAUGAGAAAAGAUAGAAAGAAAAAUGCAAGAAAACUAACGUCAUGUAAUUACUAUGACUAAAAACAUAAUGAAAUUGACAGGAAGACAUUCCGUUUCAAGGACACAUAGGUGGAAUACCUGAAUGAUGAAUCGUGCCUACAUAACUAUACGCGAGGCCGAUCCUCGCAGGUGCCUUCUCGCUGCACGGUGGACGUGUUCAAAAGAGGAUCUCAUCGUGAUCAGUAAGCGCAAGAAUAGCCGCCGUGAUUCUUGGAAAUAGAAUAGGGUGCCUCUUCAGAGAACUGCGAGAGGAUUCGUCGGCAUCCUUGGUUUCUGCCGGUGGCGCGAAUCGUGGAAAUUUACGAGACCUCGUCCGUUUCUUUUUAUCAGUCUAUCUUGCUCACGCGUUCGUUCAUCGAAGUAUAUGCGAGCAUGCGGCUUGCGUCAUUGCCUCGCGGGUCUCUCCGUGCGUUUGUAUGCGUUGCGGCCUACGUGUAGCUAAGAAGAGACAUGGCAACGGCGCGUGAAGCUAAACAUAUUAACUGUCGGCUCACGCCACAAAAACAUGAUCUCAUUCCAUGGCGCAUAUGCAAGAGGUUAUCGUAUACCUCAAAAUCUCAUUCAAAACUUUAACGGCAUGAGAAAAAAGAAAAAGAGAGUAAAGAGAAUAAUAUAAAUACAAAAGCAUUGAAUACGGUAACGGUAAACUAAGGGAUUAAUAAUUUCAAUUAACACAAUAUACAAAUAAUAUUAAUUGCUUUAAUUAAAAUAUAGAUAAUUUUAAAUCCAAUAAGUCCUUGGCAUUAGCUAUACUAGCCUAUUAUAAGCUUAUUUACUAGGCCGUCUUUCCUGACUAUAAAAUUUUCUAUGCUACUAUUGAGUCAGAUUUGUAUUGUACUUAGUGUUCGUAUCUCGUAGAAUAUAUAUAUCUACGACCUAAUUUAAAUUACGCGCUUUUUCGUAGAAUAAAAUUUUCAUAAUUGAUUAUGAUCUGUUUCACUUCUUUGCUAUCGUUUUUAAUCUUAAAUUUUAUAUAGAUGCUGUAUAUGUCAUAUAACGAAUUAUAGAAAAGUACAGAAUGUUACACAUUCUCUGCGUAUUCGACCUCAUGUAUAGAGAAGUCGAACGGAGAGGCGCGAUCGGCUGGAGGAGAAAGGCGAGCAAAAAUCGAGGCUCCAUGCUGGCUGCUACGGCAAACUGCUAAGCGGCGCGGCAGGCAGGCAGGCAGGCAGGCAAGCACGCACGCAGUCAGACAUUCACAGCAGACAACAUGGCGCCGAGAGCGUCGUCGUCACGCCGGCGUGACGUUUCCCGCGCGCGUCAUUAACGGAAGUGAGCCCACAAAAUGGCGGAGUUUUACAGAACUGAGGUGUGAAAGGGAAGAGAGAAAGGAGAGGAAAGGGAGGGUGUCUACGCCUGCGGGCAGUUAGACAGGCAAGCGAGGUAGGAUGACGAGAGAUCUGUAGAAAGAGAGGAGAUUAGGUCGGUAGCACAGAGAAAGAAGAAUGACUAGUAGCUGCCUUCAGCGGUAAACUAGCGCCCGUACUGUACGAAUGGUGGCAACGGGGUGUUGAGGGGACGACUAUUAGAUAGAAAGAGAAAAAACGACAAAGGCGAUAAGUUGAACGCAGAUAGCAAUAAACGAAGUAACGAGCGAGUGGGGAUACGUGGAGGAGAGGCCGAGAAUGCGAGAAGAGAGACUCGAGGGAAUGAGAGAGCGAGAGACGGCGUUAGAGCGGGGGGGAAAGACCAGUGGGAAGCAGCGGCAGUUCUCGCUGGUAGUGGGGAUGAAAAUUAGUUACGGCAUCCAAGACCUAAAAGGAACUCCGGCGCCGCCAGAUCGCAUCGUGCAAUGUUAAGCGUUAAGGUAUCCUCGUGUAUCGUUGACAGUGCCGGUCUUAAACUUUGUGGUAGUUAUCUGCAUCGUGAUUAUAUUGUCGGACUCGUUUUUAUGGUCAACGUGACGAUUAUUACAGGUGCGAAUAAGUUACGUAUGUGUAAUAUUUUAAAUCAAAGUCCAUGACCUAUUUAUAUGUAUGACGUGAGUGUGAGGUGCUCAGUGAGGAUAGCUCACAAUCAGUUAAAAUGAUUCAUUCGAAACAUCAACAAUCAACGCAUCAACAGCAUCAGCAGCAGAGCAUGCGAAAAUCUGUGGGCGUUAUGGGUACGAGACGUAUUUUUACAACAGCUUUUAAAAUCAAGGUUUUAGAUUCUUAUAGACACGAUAAGGAUUGCCGCCAGAAUCAACGUGCCACUGCGAGAAAAUAUGGUAUUCAUCGUCGUCAAAUACAAAAAUGGCUACAAUGUGAGGAGCAGCUCAGAAGUAGCGUUGAAAAUGGAAAUACUGGGACUGCCUCCAUUUCUUCCACGGGUUCUCAAUCGGAUGGUACUAUGACGGAAGCUACAGGGAACACCGUGACUCCAGCAACGCCGGCCUUGAACCUCAACCUCGCCAGACAGCACGGCGACGAGCUCACUACACAGCAAGGGCCCCCACCUUCUCAUCCUCCGCAUGGCAGUGCACCCUCCUCGCCCCAAUAUAACCGUCAAACUACUACCAUUGGCACGCCUUUGCCCCUAUGCGUCACAUCCGUGGGUUAUCAAGAAUAUUCAGAACAACAACGUCUUCAUUUAGAGCUUGAAGACAGAGUUCAUAUGUCAGAGAUUCACGGAUAUUCAGGCACGCAAGUGGAUCAAGACCGUAAUUAUUACGUAUUAAACGGAGAUGGACAGCGAGAUGUAGAGGCAGCUUCAAUAUUUAGCAGUAGAAACGAGGUGAAGGUAUAUCAAACUUUGACAAGUUACCAUUCGCCAUCUCAAGAACAUCAAUACGGCGUAAAUGAUAUCAACAAUAGCAUGCAUAAUCAUUCGCCGAAUCAUCAUCCGCAGCAGCGAGAACAAAGUUAUGGAAACGUCGAUUCAUUCGACGGGAGAUCAUACGGCUUGCUACUAGCGCCGUCGAUGAUAAAGACAGAGCCAGUGAGCCCAGACACAGCGGCGACGUCAGGACCGUACGAAUCAACGGAUUCCCCCGGUGGCCCACGGGCCCCACUCUCACCGAUAUCGCAUCGAGUCGCCGAUAGCGGCGGUUCUUCGUCGUCCGUUCACUUUGUUGAUUCCUCACGAGCCCCCGCGAGCCCGUACUUGCACGUGCACGUGCAUGAACACGCACACCCAUGCUCACCGUUGAAUUCCGAGAAGUCGAUCCCGUCGCUUCUGCACCAGGAGAGAGAGUCAGAAGAAACGACGCAGCACGUCGAAGAGAAGGAGGAAAAGAUGUCAGAAAAAGCAGAAUAUUGUACGGCAAUGAUCAAAGAAGAAGUACACUUGGAUGAGGAAGAAAUAUAUGAUGACAGAGAAGAAGUUAUCGCAUCCUCGUGCAUUGAUUAUCGACGACCACCUACGGGCGAAUCAUUAGUAGGUAGUUCAGGACCGGUAAGUCCUAUAUACGAUCGCAAUGGUUACUCUUUACCAUCGAGUCCUCGAGAUUCUGUUAACGUCGGAAGAUACCGGAGUAGCUGCUCGGAUAGCGAAAUGGAUCCCCUCGUUUCAGCUGGCAGCUUAAAUUCAUCCGGCAAUUUCACUCGCAGACGAUCUUUCCCCUUGCGAUUUAAACUUGAUGUUCUCGAUGCUUUCCAUCGAGAUAAGGAAGUAAAGGAAAAUCAACGAGCCACCGCUAGAAAAUUCGGUAUAAAUCGUCGUCAGGUACAGAAAUGGUUAGAGCAAGAAGCGGAACUCAGGGAUGAAAUCGCCCUUCGAGGAGAUUCACGUCAACGAUUGGGUCCUGUCCAGGAUGUCGCUUUGAUCGGUGACUCACCGUUGGAUCUGACGACGACAAAUUAUGUUCCGAACUGCGUUUCAUUGUUACAUGAUCGGUUUGAGAUGGAACAAGAACGAUCGCCAUCGCAUUUUUAUCGCUGCGAUAUUAGUUCCGUUUCUCCUCAACAUCCUUCACAUUAUCAACACUAUACUAGAAUAGAAUCAUCCUCCGAAGUAGAACCUAUAGGGCCUUGCAAUCUUUCUUGCUCUAUAGACAGCACUACGAUUUCGACGACAUCCUCUUAUCAAGAGCUGUCUUUGAGAGAAUUCUGCUAUAUGGAGUCUUCAAUUAAAACACGCUGUUAUUCACCCAGAGCAAAUUCCGAAGUUUCUAAUCUUUCUGAAGGAUGUGAGCAAAGAUUUUCGCCGUUGAAGAGGCAGCAUUGUAUGCUUUCUUGCUGCUAUGAUGCAAUGUCGUCGCCAAAGAGAUUUUGCGAAAGGUUUUCGGAUGUGGACGACUGUUACGAUGCACCUCCUCAAGAUACACCUCUUUGUCUCGUGAAACCGAGGUUGACUCGGGAAUCUUCUCCCUCUCGAACGGAAUUGAUUUUGAAACCGAAUACUGUAUCGGCUUCGAAUAAUCCGGACGCUAUCACUUUCAAGCCUUACUUAGACAAUCCCGUGAGCAAGCCUGCGAAAAAAUGUGCCGAUCAGCGCGAUUCAUCUCCUAUCAGCAGCUAUAAUGUCAAUAACAAUAACAACAAUAAUAAUAAUAACAACAAUUGCCAAAUAAUUUGUAACUUCAACGAGAAUCAAAGUCGCAACUAUGAUUUUGAGCUUAAUCUGCGAGUACCGGUUUCCUGGAGGCCUGAUAUAAGUUUGUAUACAGGGUUUCCGCAAGGGAGUGCGUUUGUCAGCGUAUCUUCGCUCUACAUGUAACUUCCUCUUUCGAACCGCUCUCCUUCCUUCUGUUCUAAUCAAAUGCAGAGAACGGAAACCAGCAAGCUCGUAUAACGAUCAAUGGUCGUGUCUAUGUUUCUCUCCUUUCAUCUUAUUUAGAUGCACUUGUUUAAAAAUUUGAAAAAGACGCUAUAAUGAUUGGAUCGACAUUAUACUAAUAAUUAACUAAUUAGCUUAUGGAUAUAAAAAUCGAAUUUGUAGAUUUCUCAGGUGAAAAUUUGCCGGCGAGAGAUCGAUCAGUACGUGAUCUACUACACGUACGUAGCAGGCCACGUAAGCAUUUAUCGUUUCCACGGAUCAUCGGUGCCGCGUUAUAUAUCGCGAUAAAGUCUUAAUCGGACGAGCUGAGGCGUGGAAGGAGAUUAUACAUGGUCGCGUCCUCAGCUGUCUUCUUCCAACUUUAUCAGACUUGCUUGCCCCUCUUCCCCUCCAUCGUCCCAUCUCGCUCCACGAAAAAAAUCAUACAGAUAUCCUGGUAAAUCUUUUUCUCACCGCUUUAUCAUCGAGAUUAGAACCUGGUGGUUAUCGCACGGCUAGGCCGUUUAGAGGUCGAAUGUGUUCGCUAUAAUUAUAGAAUUAUGUCAGCGCAGCCAUUGCAAUGUAUCGAAAAAAAAUUCGCGGAAAAAAAGCUUGCCUAUGAACUUAUCAAAGAAAAAUUUAAAAAACUUUAAUUUCUUUUUUUUUAAUUUACAUUUUUUCUUCCAAGAUAUUUUUGAUUUAGUUUAACAAAUUUUCAAUUCUUUUUAAUAUUUUAACAUUUUUUAAAUAUUUUUAAUAUUGCAUAUUGUGCUCGACGCAUUGCGUCAGAAAAAAAAAAAUGAAGCUUUCAGAUUAUGAGUUUCUUACGUUUUCUCUAUAUUAUAUAAAAAACUACCCGCCAGUGGCGGGCAGAUUGAUCGGACGAUUUCUUGGUAGUAUGCAUAAUAUACUAUCCAUGGUUUUCUGCGAACUGUUCACGCGAUUAUAUUCAUCACUGGUAGCGAAUGUAUAGUCGAUCUGUGAAAAUUAUUUAAUUGCUCAAACAAUUUCUUCCAUGUGUGCAUAUGCGUCACGCAUAUACCACAUUAGUAUUACAAAUUAGUAACUUGUCAUCGCUCUUCUAUCCCCCCUUUUCUCACUGUUUGGCAAUUGUUGUCUAUUUCUUGUUCUUACUUUUUAUUGUUUUCUGUUAAAUGGCGUGUAAAUAUGUAAAUAUGUAAAUAUCGGGAAGAAACGUGACAUUAUCGUAUUCCGUCGCAUCCGAGAUUUCUGCGAUGUACAUUUGAUAGAUAUAGUGUUAUUAUAAAAAUGUUUAAAUAGUCGAUGCCUCCAAGGAGAAAAUUCCUUUGGAAAAAAUAAGCUAUUUUUAUACGAUUUCGUCUGAAAAAAAAGGAAAACAAAAGAAAAAAGAAGAACAAUAGAGAGAUGGAAAUUCGAGACGAAAUAAAACACUUCCGCAGAGACCACUUUUUGUGCCUUUUUUGUCGAUAUAAGACAAAAUACAAAACGUUCUUAACGCAUAACGAAAACGCGUAGGUCAAUUAUGCGCGUAAUAUAUAUAAAUAUAUUAAUAUUUGUAGGAAAUAAUAGAUUCGAUAUGUAGAAAAUAAAUUCGUUCGUUAUGCACUUCGUUUCAAUAAAUUAAUUUACUAAAUAAUGACAAAGAUGUACCGCAAUCAAUUUAUCCAUCGUUAAAAUAUUUAAAACGAGAGAGAUAACUAUAUGCGUGAUGUUAUUGCGUACAUAAAAUGUAAUUAGUUUGCUGACUGAUAGAAAAAUCGAUAGUUAUGCAAGAUGAAUAGAAAGAAUUAAAAAAAUAUAUAAGAACAACUCUGAAAGAAAACCACAUGUGCCUUAUAUAAUAUAUUCAUAUUAAAGUUGUAUAUCGCUCGCACGAGGCUUAGUGCGAGAUAAGACAAAUCACAGGGACAUAUAAAUUGUAUAAUAUUAAUUAUUAUGGUAAUAAUGUAUAGAUUUUAAUUAAUAUUUAUAAGAUAGAUCAACUUAGAAAGUGAUAUAAUUAUGCCUAUAUAUUUUCUAUACACAAUUCAAAUUAUGAAAUUUUUAUUUGCCUUCGAUACCGAUCGGUGAUCGCAAUUGAAUAAUUUAAACGAGAGGAAGAUUGCGCAUCGGCAUUGAACCAAGUCCGUAAUUAAUUAUACCGUGUCUCUUGAUUGUGAACAAUAUAUUUUUAUUUAAAUAAGGAGCAUCCAAAAAUUAUACCUAUCGUUUAAAAUAUUCAAGUAUCAAUACUCUGAUAAUCAACAACGCUCUUAUUUAAUUGACUUUUCAUAGAAAAGAAUGAGGAACAAAAAUUUAAAAAUAAUGAGCCUAGAGAAUUAAGAAUUAUUUGUAAAUUUUUAAAACCUGCAAAUUAAAGACUUGAGAAUUAGAAAUAUCGGAAAAGUAAAAAUCUUCAUUUUUAUUUAGUAUACUGCAAUUAAUUUAUAUGAAGAAAUUUUUUUUAAAUAUGUGUUCUUUACAUAAUUUUCUUUAACACAUUUUUAAUUUGCAAAAUUUGAAAACGCACAAAUAAUUCCUAAUUCUCAACAUUAUUUUUACUUAGCGAAAGGGGACAAUUGAAGACAUAACAAUUUAUAAAUGUUUUUCAUAAUAUGAAUGCACCCUUGUUCCCAGUGCACUGAGAGCGACACGAUUCGUCGAGAUGCAUUACGAUCCUCGAAGAGAUAAGCGAUUUCUUUCGCGUCUGACUUUGCUGGCGAAUUGUCAGAAUAAAACCUUUUGUAAAUUGUUAGUUGAUGCUAAAGGAAAUAAUAUUAGAUUGUAAGAAAUACUUUGUUCGGAUCGGAAAAACACAUUGCGAUAUUCAUUAAUAUGGGUUUUUCUCAACUUCCUCGAUAAAAUUCUAAAGCAAUCACAAAUACUAUAAAAUGAUCAUGAUGCUAAAGUAAAUUUCAUAUUUAUUAUUAGUAAAGACAAAAAUAUCAAGCGAUAUGAUGUGAGUAUAGUUUUAUAGAGAUCAUUAAUAUUUUAAUUUUUGAAUCGAAAUCAAGAAAAUUGAUAUUUAUAAAGCAGAUUUCUAAACAAUCAAGCAGUUGCCAAGCGAUCAGCAAGAAAGGCAAUUCUGUAAAUCACUGCUGCAGACAGGGCAGUUACGUUAAUGUUUCAAUAUUCACGCUUAAUCGAGCUCAUUCAUGAUGCAGCAUUAUUCAAUAUGGUUGCCUGUGUGAUCGCUUCGUACCGAGCUCUAAUUUAUCGUCUCACGAGUAAUAAAUUCAAGAUAUGAUAAUUAUAAUUAUUAUUUCUACGAAGAACAGUACAUCAUAUUACGAUCAAAAAUUUUUUUUCUCUACAUUUCUUUUUCCAGAAUAAAAAAAAAAUAUUUUUAUUUUAUUUUAUCAAAAUCUUUCAAUCUUGUCUUAAACAUUACUGUUAUGUAUACAUAUGUUUUUUGAAUUAAUCAUUUAAUUGUUAAAUAUAUAUUUUUCUAUUGCAAAACGAUUCGCCAAUCAAGUCCGAGGAUCGAGAGAUCGAACAAAGAAAAGUAGAUUUUCGCGCUUUGCCCACAAUUGUUAAUAGUGGUCAAGGCGGCAAUGUACAAUAAAAGCGCGCGUGCGUAAUUAUAAGCCAUAAUAAAUUACAUAAUGCCAUAAUACAUUUUACGUAAAAGAAGGCUGUACGACUGACGAAAAAAUUCUCGAUCACGCGAAAAAUGAAUUCGCCUCUGGAGUGCCUUGUAUGUGAGAGUGUGAGUAUGUUUGUCGCGUGUCCGUCUAAACUCGUAUAUGUAGUCACGUAUACACCACAGCCCACAAGAGUCUGUUAACGAGAGGCGUAAAGCGUAUAUAUGUAUAAGCAAUAUCUUUUAAGUGCAUAAAAGAAAGGGAGAAAGUUUCGUCCCUUCUGCAUAAAAACCCCUGCGUUUUAUUGACCGUACAACACACACAAAAACAAAAUAUAUAUAUAUAUAUAAGCAUAAUGUUCGUAUUGUACAAAAAAGUUUAUAUAUGUAUAUAUACAAAUAAAAAAAAAUAAUAAAGAGCUAGAACGCGAAAAUAUCAAAGAAAGUACAUAAAAAUUUAUCUAUCUAUAUAUACAUAUAUAUACAUAUACACAUAUAUCGAAAAUUAUAUUUUGAUACGAUCAACUUACACGACUAACGCGCCUCUGAACUCGCCCGGUGCCUUCAAAUUGCUCGUGCCUUACAAUUUCUCGCGCGAGGAGGAAUCGAGAACCCAUAGACAUUGUGAUUCUCUCGCUGAUAAUAUAAUAUUUGUCGUAUCGUAUCUUUGGCGAAAUUGCGCGAAUGCAAAUUAGAAAGUAAAAUAGUGUACAGGUAUAUACCAGUGACCUCCUCACGCGCGCAAGCAUAUAUCAGUAUUUCAAUUAUUCCUUAUUUAUUGUUUCCGUGACAUAUAAAGAGCCUCCAAAGUCCCAGUAAAGUAACUUGUUAAUCUCGUCAUCUCUAUGCCUUCUCGAUCGCAUACUUCGCAAAAACGUUGAAUUUCUUUUAAUCACAUCCUGCGUGCAAUCGCUAAUUUGAUAUGGCCGAAGAUUAUCCGGCAUUCGCAAUGCUCAUAUCAUUCGAUAUUUUAUCUUGCUGUUAUUGAUAUGUGUAGUCGAUAAACAUUGAGAGAAAAAAAGGCACACGGUUCCGCCAUCGCUCCACAGCUCAGAAACAAAAAUAGUCGAAUAAUCCGUCAGCGUCUUCAUCUUGCAAACAAAAUUGUGGCUAAUAACAUUGUUAAUAUUAUAUCUCUUCUUGUAUUGUUUAUUUAUGUGCCUUUUUUCUCAUUUUUCGAUUUUCCAUUUUUUCUCAUUUUCUGAUUUUUAUCUGAAACAAUCAUUACUGUAAUUUAACAAAAAACAUGAACAGAGGCGAGAAAGAAAAAAAAAAAAAGUAUUGAAGAA